GAAAUGACAACUGUUAGAACUUAGAGAGAGAGAGAGAGAGAGAGAGAGAGAGAGAGAGAGAGAGAUGGGGUCGUUCCCUGUGAUUGAUCUGGAGAAGCUGAAUGGUGAAGAGAGAGGAACCACCAUGGCCAAGAUCAAAGAUGCCUGCGAAAACUGGGGCUUCUUUGAGUUGGUGAACCAUGGGGUAUCCCACCAGCUGAUGGACAGUGUGGAGAGGCUGACCAAGGAGCACUACAAGAAGUGCAUGGAGCAAAAGUUCAAGCAGAUGGUGGCGAGCAGAGGCCUUGAGGCCGUCCAGUCCGAGAUCGACGACAUCGACUGGGAGAGCACCUUCCACCUCCGCCAUCUCCCGGUCUCCAACAUCUCCGAGGUCCCCGAUCUCGAAGACGACUACCGGAAGGCAAUGAAGCAAUUUGCACUAGAGUUGGAGAAGCUAGCAGAGCUGCUUCUGGACUUGCUCUGUGAGAAUCUUGGCUUGGAAAAAGGUUACUUGAAGAAAUCCUUUUAUGGAUCUAAAGGCCCGACCUUCGGCACCAAGGUGAGCAACUACCCGCCGUGCCCGAAGCCAGACCUCAUCAAGGGGCUCCGAGCCCACACCGACGCCGGCGGCAUCAUCCUCCUCUUCCAGGACGACAAGGUCAGCGGCCUCCAGCUCCUCAAGGACGGCCAGUGGGUCGACGUGCCGCCGAUGCAUCACUCCAUCGUCAUCAACUUAGGCGACCAACUCGAGGUCAUUACGAACGGCAAGUACAAGAGCAUCGAGCACCGCGUGAUCGCGCAGAGCGACGGGAACCGGAUGUCCCUCGCGUCGUUCUACAACCCCGGGAGCGACGCGGUCAUAUACCCGGCGCCGGAGCUGGUGGAGAAAGAAGAGAAGGGCCAAGCGUACCCCAAGUUUGUGUUCGAGGACUACAUGAAGCUCUACGCGGGGCUCAAGUUCCAGGCCAAGGAGCCGAGGUUCGAGGCCAUGAAGACCAUCGAGCCAUCCAUCAAUUUGGGUCCAAUUGCAACUGUUUGAGCUUAUUCGGUAGCGGAAUAAGAGAAAUGUCUCUUUACUAUUUUCUUAAGUAAGUCUUAAGUGUGUUCGAAGAUCAAUACAUAUGUAUGUGUCUGCUUGUACUUGAGUUUGCCUAGACAUAACAUAAUAAAAAUGUGGUUUUCUAGGA